GGGGGCACGUGACUAUCUCGUGCUCUUCUCUCCUCUUCCCUCCUCUCUUUCUUCAGUUAUCACCAGCGGAGAGAAAUCAAACCCUAGCCCCCGUCGUUGCCCCUUCGGAUCUCCGGCGAACGCCACCGCGGAUAGAGUGAUUCCACCCCGCGAGAUUGAAGCCCCUUGGUCUGGGAAUUACAAGGUGGGUGCUUGCGGUUGGUGAUUUGGAAGUGGAAGAGGUGGGAGGCUAUGGGGUCGUCCUCGAAGGUGGUGCGGCCGGAGGAGGUGCUGGAGUCGCUGAAGAACGACGGCAGCAUCGAUGCUCUCCGCAUGAAGAUCAUCGCCCAGCUCAAGGCCAACGAAGAUAUGAAGAAAAACACUAUGAUGAUGGUGGAGCAAAGCAAGGUACUGAAUACUCCUGGAGCUGAGAAAAAGACCAAGAGAGAGUUAUUUGAUGCACUUCGACAAGAACUGGAGACUCCAGUCCUUGAGAAAGCCUCCAAGGCAGUUUGGGAGCUGAUUCUAGACAAUGGUGGAUUAGGGAAAGAGAUAACCGAAACAGUUGAGAAAGUCUUCUGUCGGCUCAGUGGAAUUGACAUGAUGCCACCUCCGCCUUCAGUAUCUGGGGCUCAUCAAGAGAAAGAUGACAUGGCUGUUGAUGAAGUUGUGAAGAGCAAGGAGGUGGAUGCUUUUGAACCAUCCUCAUCAAGGAAGAGACCCUUCAGUGACGUUAACCGAAAAGGAGCAGGUGCUUUACCAAAUGGCAGUGCUACAGACCAGCAUGAUGAGUCUGAGGAUAGUGACCAGAAGAUAUGAUGCUGCUCUGUGCUGUAAUUUUUAGUUCAGGCUGAAGUAGCUUUGGUGCUUGAAUGGUAGCAAGUCGAAUUCUGAUCCCUGCAUAUUCUAGGGUUGUAUGGUAUAGUGGCAAGUUACACUUCUUGUUCAUACAAGUUCUGUGAGGAACUCUGAACGGCUAUAGGAUAUUUCAGUUUUCAAGAAAGCAGCUGAUGUUGAGUUUCUUCUGAAUAUAUGUAUAGGAUAAAUUGGUUGACUAAUUCCUCUUGACAGUUGUUGUAUGUUUAA